ACGACUCAUCCGUUGCUUCCGCUUGGCACCCUACCGACCCGCACAACCACUCCCUCCAUGAUCUCCCUCCUCGCUGCCACGGCGGCCCCCGCCGGCUCGUACAUCUCCACGUCUAUCUCGGCCGGCUUCCUCUCGUUCCCUGUGCUCCUGUGGGUGGCGGCAAACGUGAUCAUCAUCUGGCUCCUCUCUUCCUCCCGCCGUAGAAACACGACCGUCGCCACCUCUUUGGCUGGACACGCCGACGACGUGCUCAAAGCCGUGGAUGAUCUCUACCCGUCAUCGGAGUACGAGACCGUCGCCGCCAUGGGUCUUCAAGCCAACGCGCCGGUGUCGAAGUCAAAGAGGCAGGGUCGAGAGGCAAGAACGGCCAGGAGAACCGAUCGCCCCCGCCUGCGCAAGAAGCCAGCCGGCGAGGAGGAGACGAGGAGUACGGCAGCGGUGGAGGCCUGCAGGCUCGACGUCGAUGACAAGAAACACGGCGAUGAGAUGCCUCGGACUGUCGCCGCCGCGGAGGCCAGGCCCGACGACGUCGACGUCUCCUUGGACUCGAUGUGGCAGUCCAUCGUGCAGCGGCGAGCGGCGCGGCCGGUGGCCUUUCGGAAGAGCGAGACGUGUGACAGCGACGAGCUGCCGCGGCUACAGCGUGCGGCCGACACAGCCGCGGAGCGCCGAGACAGGCGGAAGUCCGUCUCGGCGGUCAACAAGGCGGCGGCCCCGCCGCCACCACAGGCGGCACCGUCGGCGGCCAGGCAGCUGGGGUGGCGCACGAGGGAGGUGCUCGUGAUGGCGCAGGACGAGCUGCUGCGCCGCGCGGAGAGUCUCAUCCGGCGGCACCACCAGCACCUGCGCCUGCAGCGGCAGGAGUCCGAGCAGCGCCAGGCCAUGGAGCUGCAGCGCGGCCGCCCGGCUCUCAUCCGCGUCUAGCCAGCCGGCCGGCGUCACACAAACACCCAUGCACGCUUCAUCAACCGAUCGAGGCACGCGUCCACGCAAGGCCAUGUACAGAAAAAAAAAUAAGAAGCCAUCUACGUGCCAGAGACAGCAGCCGCAGCAGCAGCAUCGAUCAAGGGACAAAAGUGGCUGCAUGCCUUUAAAUCAUCGGAUGAGAAGAUGGAAGAUAUAAUAGCUUACGUACGCCUGAGACCAUGUUUGUGCAUCAGAGCACUCAUCAUGUACUGGACCCUCCUUGAAUGUAGAUUAACUAGAGAGAUCAUAUGUGUUACUAAGGUCAUAUAUGUUUGCAUGUAAGUUAAUUAACCUCUAAAUAAAUGGAGAGGCGUUUUGGUUUGGUA